UCUCCUCCUCUCUCUGUAUCUGACUUUGCAAUAAAAAUAAAAUAAAUCUUAAAAAAAAAAAGAAAGAAAAUGCAGAUUCACAGGUCCUGCUCCUGGGUGUGAACAAAGUGAAAUCUGCAUUCCCAGGAGCUGUCUGGGCCACUAGGAUGAAGAGGUCUUGCUGUGUGUCUAGCUUGGCUUUUGCUUCAAGAUGACACUAACAGUGUCUGGUGGCUCCGCGGGGCUCCCUGGGAUGGAGAUAGGGCUGGAAUCAUACCAGCUGCCCGGCUUGGUUCCUGGGGUGGCACCUUCCAGAGCUGGGCCUGAAGCCAGGUCCCCGGGCGCUGGGGGCUCUGCCCCCUGAGGCAGUUUGCAUGAGCAUCUUGGUAGUGCUCACCAGGGGGCUGUCAAAAUAGCCCAAGCAGACCCCAACCAGCUCCUUGUCUCUGAUGCUGCUUCCAGAUGUAAGAGCUUGCUUGCUGUGGUCCCCAGUGCUAGAACAACCCAUGCAGUUCAGCCUGGGCCAGCACCAUGCCCUGCACCCUCCAGAAUCAUGAGCUAUGCAAAUGGAUUUUCUUUGGAAUGUGAGCUGCCUCAGGUGUACUGCUGAGAAGCGUCAUGCUGCUUGAUGCAUAGUACAUGAGACCCCUCUCUGAGCGAGGCUGCUUUCCGUCAUGCCAUACCCCCUCAACUAGCCUUUCCAGCCCCCAGUGCUGGUUUCAGCUCUGUUUCCUAGAAAGCCAUGAGAAUCUACUCCCUGGGUUUCCUGCCCCCUGGUGAGAAGACCCUUCGAACUGUCCUUCCUUGCCCUUGUUCAGAAGCCAGUGGGCAGCAGAAAUGUUGUGAGUGGCAUUUUAGGGUCCCCAGGGAAAGCUUCCUGUCCACCAGGGUGGGUUUAUUCUUAAAGUGACGCCCCUGUGCCCACUACCAAGGAAGAGGGAUGCCCUUGUGAGCAGAUGGCUUCCAGGGCCAUUUUCUGGGUCUGUACCAAAGGUGUCCUUCUUUCUCUUUUUAAAAAUUUUAUUCAGUUUUACCUACUUGAAAAGCAGAAUAACACAGAGAGAAAAAGACAGAUGUCUUGAUCCACUGGUUUGUUUCACCAAAUGUCCAUAUCAGCUACGGCUGAGCCAGGACCAAGUCAGGAGCCUGGAAUGGCAGCCCUUUAGUUACCAGGACCCCAAGCGCUGAGACCAUGAUGCGCUGCCUGGCACGGUGCACAUUGGCAGGAAGCUGGAUCAGAAGUGGAGCAGUGUCCCACAACCAGGCAAUCUCACAUGGCAGGCAGGCAUCCCAGGUGGCAUGCCACCCUGGGCUCAGGUCUUCUCCAGAUUCCUUCAGCCCUGGCACUCCACAUGCCUCCAUCUACAACAUAAUCUUGACCUUUUCCAGUUCUGACCCUAUUUAAUACAGACACAUUUAAUGGGGAUCAGUUAUUCUGCUAGGAACAGUACAUAUGGCAGAGAAAAACAUCAAUGCUGUUAGGCGAAUAUGAUAACCAUCCCACUAUGGAAACUUGUAACAUCAAUGCUAUGUUUCCUGUCUCUCUUUUUAAUAAUUUAAAAAUUAUCAGGGAACCCACUGCCCCUGGAUUGCAAAUGCAUCAGUAGGGCCUAGUACUGGGAAGCAGGGUGGGAGAGUGUGUCUAAUGAGAAAGUAUCUUGUGCAAAAGCAGGAAUGGGAAAAGUACUGCUGAGGCCAGCAGUUGUGCUAAGUCCUGCCAGGAAUCUUGCCUGAAUAGAAGCUGGUCCCUGCUCUCAGAAGAUGCAUCAUGGGCGGGGAGGGGUGGAGCUUGGGGAAUGGUUGAAUGCCAUGCGAACACUGUAAUGGAGAUGGAGCCAGAAUGGCAAGCCAGGGAGCUCAAGUUGCACCUGCAGGAGAGUGAGGGCCACUCAAGGCCACACUGGUCUAUGAAGGGCCAGUGGAACAGGACAAGCUGCUGAGACUUCCUGCACCCCGAGGCCCAGGAGCAGUCCAGGUAGAGGCAUGGGAUGGAGGCUGAGGGCAGAGAAUGACCACAGGGCAGUGAUAGAAAGAGUGUAGGUGUCACCAGGUGGAGGACAGCUUGAGCUGCCCCUGUGUAAGAUGAGGGGUUCAAGAAUUAAAUCCCCUUUCUUGUGAACUGUCCCCAAAUUCGCUUUUACUCUUGUGUAGAGAUCUCAACGUCAUUUUGAAGAGUUGGCACUUCUGGGGCCUAAAGAGCCAGGAAGACUUCUGACCAGAGCACCAGAGGGCUGCCUCUGGCAGAAGGGUACAGGGGUCAGGGGCAGCAGACUGAUGGGCCAGUGCUCCCUGCCAAGAUCCAGGAGGGCACCAGCGGGGUCUGGAAGCUGAGCAGUGGCUGCAGAAUCAUAGCCAAUGCUGGAGGGAUCCUGCAUUGCCACAGGGGCUACCAGCUGCCCCCAUGCCAGCCAGAGGCUUCUUCCCAUGGAAGUCAAAGGACACCAGUGUGACCUAGCCUGCCUGGAUGGAUGCUGAGGACAGACACGCUGGGGAUAUAACUCCAGGUCAAGCUGCAGCCAAUUGAGUGAGCUCAGGAGGGGCUGUGCACAGAACCGCUACAGAUGCACAAAAGGAUGUUUCUAGAUGUUAUGGUUGGGGGGCAGAGCAGGGAGGGAUAGGAAACAACAAGUUCACAGAAGCGGCAGUUUACCAUGACUGCACACUGCUGGCAGGGCAUGAAGACUCAGCCAGGAGGGAAGAGAGGCAGGAGGCUGCCCGGAGUGUGCCCCAGGUUCCCACCUCUCCCAGGCCAUUUCAUCUGGGGAAGUCAGGGACCUGGCAGCUUCCUCUGUGGCCUGAAGCUCCCCCGUGUGGAAGGUGAGCAAUGCAUUCAUUCAUUCAUUCAUUCAUUCAUUCAUUCAGCAUACUCAUCAGAUGGACCCCUUGCAAGGCUGUAGGCUGGGGAGAGCAAAACCAAACCUGCCUUCAAGGGGUGGAGUGGGGAGGGAAGCCUCAUGCACAGGGAGGGAGCAGGGGUGCUUUCAAAUGCAGCCCUGGACAAGGGGGCGGUGUGCAGGCAGGUUGCCCUGAAGGAACUUGGUAGGUUCCCACCAUGGUGCUGGGCAUGGCUGCUCAAGCACUGUAGUGGGUCUGAGCAAAAAGGAUUAGUGGGAAGAUGUGUAGGGAUGCCAAUGCUCUGAGAAGGUAAGGAAGGUUCCAGAACAGUCAUGAGGCACCCACAAGAUUAGUGUAGGACAGAGGGUGUGAAAGAGCAGGAGAGAAGAAUGAACAAAAUAAGUGGCCCUGGGAUUAAGGGUGGGUCUUCCUGCAGACCUGGCAGAGUUGGCCCAAUGGGAGAUGACCUGAAGCCCAACUUGAUGACUGGCAGGCGAGCUGGGGCAGGACUGCUGAGCUGGAAGAACUGGGCAUCCCCUUAACCUGGAGGGUGGCACUCAGUAGAUGGAGCUGUGUGCUCUAAAACUGAGAUCAGUCAACAGGGGCCUGAGUGUGGCCUGCAAAGCCUGAAAUAUUUACCCACGAGUCCUUCGCAGAACGCAAGCGUGGCAAUCGAGCGGCAUAAACCAAAGCUUCUCAAUGUGACUUUGCCGUGGGCUGGUCACAGGAGGGCACAGAGCCUUCCGGGUACAAACUCUAGUUUGUGAUGCCGACUUUUCGGUGGGCAAGGAGCCAACGCUACAAGCAGAUUUUCCACGAGGUCCAUGCAUGACCUCAAAAGAUUUAAUAACCGCUGCAGGGCAAUAUGUGCUGCCGGGAGCAUGGCCGAGAGCCGCUGCCGCUGCAGGGGUAAGCUAAGGAGCAACUACCUGUGUGCCUUGCCCACCGAAUCAGCUUUACACUGUCAGGUGUCAGAAGGUUGCUUGAAACUCAACGUGGUCUCUCCGCGACUGUUUUCCUCCUAGGGCCAUAGAAGGCCUGAAUUCUCCCGAUGCUGCCAGCCCACUCUUGUCCUCUGUGACUCAGGAUCAUGGCAGAUCACCUUGACCUUCUCAUAGGAGCGGUGCUUAUGGUGCGUCCUGUGUUUGGAAUUGUUCCCUGCUCCUUUGACGGGCAGGUGGCUUUCUAUCGUUUCUGCAACCUCACCCAGGUUCCACAAGUCCUCAACAGCACGGAGAGUCUCCUGCUAAGCUUCAACUAUAUCAGGACAGUCACCACCUCAUCCUUCCCCCUCCUGGAGCAGCUGCAGCUGCUGGAGCUUGGGACCCAGUACACCCCCUUGACCAUUGCCAAAGAUGCCUUCAGGAACCUGCCCAACCUUAAGAUCUUGGACUUGGGCCAAAAUCAGUUCAGCGCCUUGCAUCCAGAUGCCUUCCAGGGGCUCCCCCAUCUGACUGAACUUCGGUUAUUUGGCUGUGGUCUAUCUGAUAUUGUAUUAAAAGAUGGUUAUUUCCGAAAUUUAAAUUCCUUGUCUCGCUUGGACCUAUCCAUGAAUCAGAUUCAAAGUCUUUCCCUUCAUGCUUCAUUUGCAGACUUGAAUUCCUUAAAGUCGGUAGAUGUCUCCCUCAAUCGAAUAGUAGUUGUGUGUGAGAGUGAGCUCCGGCCCCUCCAGGGGAAAGAGCUCUCUUUCUUCAGCCUGGCAAACAAUAACCUGUACAACAGAGUGCCCGUGGCCUGGGAGACAUGUCGGAAUCCAUUCAGAGACAUGGUGCUGGAGACUUUGGACGUUUCAGGCAAUGGCUGGACUGCAGACAUCACUGGAAACUUCAGCCAGGCCAUCAGCGGGAGCCAGACUUCCUCUCUGAUGCUCGCCUACCACAAUAUGGGUGCUGGAUUUGGCUUCAGCAACAUCAGGGACCCUAACCAGGGCACAUUUGCUGGCCUGGCCAGAAGCUCAGUGUUGAGUUUGGAUCUGUCGCACGGAUUUAUCUUCUCCCUGAAUCACAGACUCUUUGAGGGGCUCAGAGUUUUGAAGGUUUUGAACCUCGCCCACAACAAGAUAAAUAAGAUUGCAAGUGAGGCCUUCUACGGACUUGACAAACUCCAGAUUCUUAACAUGUCCCAUAACCUUCUGGGGGAGCUCUAUAGUUCUAACUUUGAUGGCCUGCCUGAGCUCACCUAUAUUGAUCUCCAAAAGAAUCACAUCGGCAUCAUCCAGACCCAAACAUUCCAAUCCCUGGAAAAACUGAGUAUGUUGGAUCUCCGGGACAAUGCGCUUACAACCAUCUCUUCUCUUCCAAACAUUCCUACCCUCCUUUUGGCAAACAACAAACUAGUGUCUUUGUCAGACACUCACCUUACAGCCAAAUUCCUCCAGUUAACAGAAAACAGAUUAGAAAACCUGGAUGAGCUCUACUUCCUUCUCCAGAUACCCCACCUCCAGAUUCUCAUCUUGAAUGAAAAUCGCCUUUCUUCCUGUACUCAAAGUCACCCAUUGGCAGAGAAUCUCAGCUUAGAACAGCUUUUCCUUACAGGAAAUAUGUUGCAGCUGGCCUGGGAAUCUGGGUGUGGUUGGGAUCUUUUCCAAGGGCUUUCUCACCUACAAAUUCUGUAUCUGGACGAUAACUAUCUUAAUUUCCUUCCACCUGGAGUGUUUAGCAACCUGACUGCCUUGAAGAUCCUUAACCUCAACUCCAACAGGCUGACAGCUCUUGCCCCCGGCAGUUUCCCUGCCAGUUUAGAGAGUUUGGAUGUGUCCAGAAACCAGCUGCUCUCUCCUGAUCCUGAUUUGUUUGUCUCACUUCGCACCUUGGACAUUACCCAUAACAAGUUCAUCUGUGUGUGUGAACUUAGCAGGUUUACCAGUUGGCUUAAUCACACCAACGUCUCUAUAUUGGGAUCUCCUGCUGACCUUUAUUGCAUGUACCCCGACUCGUUCUUGGGGGCCUCACUCUACUCUAUCUCCACUGAGGGUUGUGAUGAAGAGAAAAUCCUAACGUUGCUCAAGUUCUCCCUCUUUGUUCUGUUUACUGUCACUUUGACUCUGUUCCUCUUGACCACUCUCAUGGUCACAAAAUUCCGGGGCAUUUGUUUCCUCUGUUAUAAGACGGCUCAGAGGCUGGUGUUUGGGGACUACUCCCAGGAAACAGAACUCAAUGAAUACAAAUAUGAUGCCUACCUGUGCUUCAGCAGCAAAGACUUCGAGUGGGUGCAGACGGCUCUGCUCAAACAUCUGGACAGACAAUACAGUGACCAAAACAGAUUCAACCUCUGCAUUGAAGAAAGAGACUUUGUCCCGGGAGAAAACCACAUCACCAACAUCCAGGCUGCUGUCUGGAGCAGUAGGAAGAUAGUCUGUCUGGUGAGCAGACACUUCCUUCGGGACGGAUGGUGCCUGGAAGCAUUCAGUGUUGCCCAGAGUCGGUGUGUGUCUGAUGUCAGCAGCACCCUCAUCAUGGUGGUAGUCGGAUCUCUGAGUCAGUAUCAGCUGAUGAAGCAUCCAUGCCUCCGAGGCUUCGUGCAGAAGCAGCAGUACUUGAGGUGGCCUGAGGAUGCCCAAGAUGUCGACUGGUUCCUCAGUAGACUGUCUCAAUGCAUAGCGAAGAAGGAGAAACCAAAGAAGAGAGGUGAAAGCAUUGUGCUGCAAACAGUGGCCACCGUCUCCUAGUCCAAGCAGCAGUUUGCAAUUGAUCUGAAGCCACAAAUAGCUCUUCAUGAAGUCUGUCUCCUACUGUGUGACAACAGCAUAAAUCUCUGGAUAUUCAUGUCAUGUGUCACUGACCUCCAAGUGGAAAAUAAGAGAUCUAGAAAAAUCAGCACUGCCCCCUUGAGGUUCUCUUUGCCACUGAUUCCCUUUCAGCCCCGAUAAUACUGCUCUCUCCUGAGGUAUCAGCUGCAGUAAGCACCCUCAACAGCAGAAGAGCACCGUGGGAGAACUCAUGGAUAAUGUGUGGUACGCUUGCUCUAGCAUUCAGUCAAAAAAGGGCUGAUCUAUUACUCCAGAUUUUUAUGUUUUGCAAAAACAAGGCUACAUAAAAAGCAAAAGAAAAGAGCAGGUGCAGGCUUUUCUCUCUCUCUCUCUCUCUCUCUCUCUCUCCCUCUUAGGCAUAAGAGGGGCCCCCUAAGACACAGAUGCCUGCCAUUAUUGUGUCCAUACCAUCCUGUCUCAUGUGGGCGCACCCCGUGGCCCAUGUGCAUUCUCUGGCACACUACCUUUAUUUCAUCUUGGCAUUCAAGACCACUCAUGACUCAGUACAAACCAACUUCUUCCCUUUUAGUCCUCA